CGAAGCGAGAAGGAAAAAAGGAAAAAGGAAAAAAAACAGUUCUAGCUCUCCGGAGGUGUGACUUCGAGGCGGCUAUCGUUCGCCAUCCGAAAAAUCGAAACUCGCAAGCAACAAAUCAACCUCUUCCAAACUUGAAUUUUCUGCAGGGCGGUCUUGUACAUUUCAAUGAUUUAAGAUGGAAGCUUCACUCGUUUUACCGCACAGCAAAGAUAUCUAUAAAGGCUGUCAUGUGUCAUCCGGCACGCAUCUGAUCGCGCCCACCGAGCCUGGCCACAGCGGCAUCAAUCAGUUAGGUGGGGUAUACGUGAACGGUCGACCCCUACCGGACUCAACGAGGCAAAAGAUUGUCGAGUUGGCUCAUAGCGGCGCGCGGCCAUGCGACAUAUCCAGGAUACUUCAGGUGUCCAAUGGAUGUGUCUCCAAAAUUCUCGGCCGUUACUACGAGACAGGCUCGAUACGGCCGAGAGCGAUUGGAGGAAGCAAGCCGCGCGUCGCGACCCCCGACGUGGUCAACAAAAUCGCUGAGUACAAGCGGGAAUGUCCCUCGAUCUUCGCAUGGGAGAUCCGGGACCGCCUGCUCUCCGAGGGAGUCUGUAAUAAUGAUAACGUGCCGUCCGUGUCAUCCAUCAACCGUGUUUUGCGGAACAUUGCGGCGCAGAAAGAGCAACAAAGCUCUUCGAGUCCGCACAGUAUCGGCACUGUCACGGCACCACUGUCGUCUGCUGGUCAGGAAGGCUCGGCUAAUGUAUAUGACAAGCUGAGGAUGCUCAACGGAAGUUCGUGGACAAAUCCUUGGUAUCCGGGGGCCGCUUUUGGGGGUCUGACCGCUCCUCCCAGCGCUGGCUACAGCCCGGCGCACUCUCACGGACACGGACAUGGUCAAGGUGGACAUAGUUUAUCUCCGACGCCAGCCCAGACCCAUAGUCCGCUACCGCAACUAGGCGCUCAACCGCCUGUCGUUCCUCACGCUCUACAAGCUGCCCACCUAAACGGAUCUACGAAAAAAGGUCAGUUCAGCCUUGAGACUUAUGUUGACAGCGACAUUGAUGCAGUGUCCGCGAACGAGGAACAAAGUAGCCUUGACGGAGACGAUGAAACGGCCGCGCGAUUGAGACUCAAGAGAAAACUUCAGAGGAACCGCACUUCUUUCACGAUGGAGCAGAUUGACGCACUCGAAAAGGAAUUCGAAAGAACUCACUAUCCUGACGUGUUUGCUAGGGAGAAGUUAGCAGCAAGAAUCGAUCUCCCCGAAGCAAGAAUUCAGGUGUGGUUUUCGAACCGACGAGCGAAAUGGCGUCGUGAGGAGAAAUUGCGGAACCAGCGGAACUGCCGGCAGGAAGCUUCACCUAUAAGUCACGAGACUACGACAGAUUCUCCCCCGUUGAACAUGAGCCAGGGAGGUCCGGGCACGCCAAACCCCUCGCAGACGGCCCUCGAACCACUGUCAGCGUCUCCGCCGAGAGUUGCGCAAGUGGCUUCGAGUCAGCUGAACCCGGGAGGUUUCGCCAAUCUCUACAACCCGCACAUUGCCCACGACGGUUACGGCUCAAUUUCUCAGUUCACGGCAUACGGCGGCCCCAUGGGUAAUGCGUGUCUGCAGCAGAAUUCGUACAUGGGUAGCCACCGAGCCUACGACACUCUGUACGGCGGACCCCGAGGUCCCAGUCAGCAAUCGGUGAGCGCGUCUGCGCAGUUUCCGUCCGUCAACUCGCCAGCCAAUCCAGCCAGCACGGGAGUGAUCUCGGCUGGUGUCUCGGUGCCCGUCCAAGUUCCCGGAGAGAACAACGAUCUCACAACGGCUAGUUACUGGUCGCGAAUUCAGUGAGUUAUGAUUGAGAGCGGCCGACCAAAUUGAUGUGACGAGGAGUCAUGGUUUCGGAAGACAACUGAAACCGCUACUGGCGCUUUGAAGCAAAUAGGAAAAAUAUACAGGGACAGUUUCUUCCGAAGCUCCAUGAUGAAAUCCUGCUGAAAGCCUUUCCGAUUCCCAGAGACGAGAUCCGAUACGAGCGAAAGGGUCAGGACCGUAGGCAGCACAAUCGAAUUAAUUAUCCAAUAAGUUGACGUAGCUAGAUAAACAGUAAAGGAAACAAUUGACCGAAAGAAUUGAAUCGAA